GGCUUCCCCUGCUUGUGCUCUGAAGCACCUGGGACACUCCCAACAGAGCAACUCCUGUCUGCCUCCCUGCCUCUGGCCAUGGCCUCCUGGCAUCUGGCCCUCCUUCUGACUGGGACCCUCCUGUCUGUCUCUCAGCCAGGCUUGCCCCGGCCAGAUGCACUGCUGGUCUUUCCAGGCCAAGUGGCCCAACUCUCCUGCAUGCUCAGCCCCCACCAUGCCACCAUCGGGGAGUACGGCGUGUCUUGGUAUCAGCAACGGGCAGGCAGUGCCCCCCGAUACCUCCUCUACUACCGUUCAGAGGACAACUACCACCGGCCCCCUGACAUCCCUGACCGCUUCUCAGCAGCCACAGACGCCGCCCACAAUGCCUGCAUCCUGACCAUCAGCCCUGUGCAGCCCGAGGACGACGCAGAUUAUUACUGUUCUGUGGCUUACACAUCCUAGGGGUGGAGCGUGGGCUUCUUUUCUGCCUCUCAUCCCUGCACUCUGAUCUUGGGCCCCCCUCUUUCUCCAAACCUUGAACUUUCUCCUCUGUAAAAUGGGUUAACAAUAUUAAACAUGU